AAUUUGACACUUACAGCUCGCCGCGAUCAUGUGAAGUCAUCGCUGUUCGUAUUCACUAGUGGAUCGCGGAACGAUUACACGACCAUACGAGGCAACUUCAGCUCUCCACCACUCGAGAAAAUGAAGGCAAUCAUUCCUGAUGUCGUUGCAGCCGUCAAGGACUACUUGAAGAAGCUCAUAAUCAAAUACGGAGCCAGCAAGAUAGUAGUGACAGGUUUGAACAAAGCUGGGUGCACCCUGGAUGUGGGACUCUUCCACGACUAUAAGCCCCACUGCAAUACCUCCACCAAUGCUGUUAUCGCUCUUCACAAUCGAUUCCUGAAGCAAGAGCUCGCAGAGCUGAGAAAGGAGUUACCCGACGUACUCCUAGUCUACGGGGACAUGUGGGGUCCGACAGGAUGGCUUCUCCACCAUUACAGAACACUAGGGUUCAAGCAACCGAGUGACAGAUUCUGUUGUGGGAAUGGCUCAAAGGCAUGUGGCUCCGCUGGUUUACCGUACUGUCAGAACGCGCAGGAGUAUAUGUUUUGGGACGACCGUCAUUUGACUGACCAUUCGUAUCGGAUGAUCGCCGAUCCCACGGUUGGCUGCGGACCUAGGAUGCGAUAAUUGUCAUCAUCGUGCACACAAGGAAGACUAUAAGUCAACAGCGGCUGCACUAAAAUCGGGAGAAAUGCUGCUGUUUGGAAUAUUGUUCAGCUCGUUCGUCCUUUAUGUUAUUAUAAAGUGAACUUCAAUUAUCUCUCGGCUGUCGCUAGUUAAGCUUAGCUAACUUGCUAAGUCAUGUAUGCUCUCUUGAACCAAUCGGCAUGGUCUGUAUAUGGCCUCAAAACUCGAAAGACGCUUUGUAAUUGUAAUGAAUGUUUAUGUGUG